AUGGCGCCGGUGAAGACGGCGGCAGCGACCGAGCGGCCGGCCAAGCGGCGCAAGAUGCGCGGUGUCAAGGGUGACGAGAGCGCAGAAGAGCUGGCGAGCGGAGCGGCGAAGAAGCACGGCGAGACGCUGUUGAUACGAGGCGGGCGACAGUGGCAGCGGGCCUCGCGGCAGGAGGGAGAGGGAGGAGGAGAGAGAGAGGAGAGAGAGGAAGACGAAGGGGAAGACGAGAAGGAGGAUCAACAGGUCGACAGCGAGCGGGAGUCGACAGACUCGCCGUCAGCCCAGCUGGCAGGGGCCGUACGGCCACGACAGUCGCGAUCGCAGACGCGCGACGAGACGGAGUCGGGCUCACGAGCCGCGUCGCGGUCGGCCUAUCGUUCGCUGUCUCGAUCGCGAUCGCGAUCACGGUCACGACAGCGGUCAGCGUCUCGGUCACAGUCACAGUCGCCCGUGCGGUCGUCACCAUCCGUGCUGCACGGACGGUCCACGUCCUCGCCGCGGCCGCAUUACCGGCGGGUGUUCUCGAUGCGCGGCCACGAGGGCGCGGUGUCGCAGGUGCGGAUCUCGCCGGACGGACAAUGGAUCGCGUCGGCGUCGGCGGACGCGACCGCACGGAUCUGGGACGCGGCCACAGGGACGCACAUGACCACGCUGGUCGGCCACCUAGCCGGGCUGUCGUGUCUGGCCUGGAGCCCGGACUCGAACACGCUGGCGACAGGGUCGGACGACAAGUCGAUCCGGCUGUGGGACCGCGUGACAGCCGAGCCGGCACACGCGCUGGUGCGUGGUGGUGGCGAGCCGGCGAGCGGCUGGGAAGAAGAGGGCCGGCCGGACGGUCCGGUCGAUGCGGGCCAUGGCAAUCCACCCAGCAGCCGCACGGCCGCCGCCGCCCGGACGCGGGCUAGCCACUAUGCGCGCAGCAGCCGACUCGACAGCGCCGGCGCCGGCGGGGCUCGCGGCUCGCGGCUGCCCCUGCUCGGACACCACAACUACGUCUACUGUCUGGCCUUCUCACCCAAGGGCAACAUCCUCGCCAGCGGCAGCUAUGACGAGGCCGUCUUCCUCUGGGACGUGCGGGCUGGCCGGCUGAUGCGCAGCCUGCCCGCCCACAGCGAUCCUGUCAGCGGCAUCGGCUUCUGCUGUGAUGGCACGCUGGUCGUCAGCUGCUCGACCGACGGUCUGAUCCGCAUCUGGGACACGGCCACGGGCCAGUGUCUGCGCACGCUCUUGCUGAUCGACGAGGACAACCCGGCCGUGUCGAACGUGUGCUUCUCGCCCAACGGCCGCUACGUUCUGGCCUUUAACCUCGACUCGUGCGUUCGCCUGUGGGACUACGUCGCCCAGCCGAGCAUCGUCAAGAAGACGUACCAGGGCCAUCUGAACAAGGCCUUCUCCAUCGGCGGCUGUUUUGGCGUGCUCGAGAGUGUCGGCCCGACCGCCAGCCAAGACGACGCCAGUCCCGUCCGCCAACCGCUUCGGCCGUUUGUCGCCGCCGCCAGCGAGGACGGCGAUGUCGUCCUGUGGGACGUCGGAACCAAGGCCGUCGUGCAGCGGUUGCGGCGGGCUCACAAGGGCGGCGUCUGCUUCUGGGUCGACGUCUGCGGCGCCACCAUGGUCAGCUGCGGCCAGGACGGCUGGAUCAAUGUGUAUCAGCACGGGGAAGCCAAGGACGUUGAAGAGCCCACUGGAGGGCUGACGAGUUGUUCGUGA